AAGCAUCAGCAGCAGCAGCACAGGUUCACUGCUCAUGAGCAUAGCAAACAGCCGCAGUAUAGAGUCUCCUCUGCAGUUAGCGCAUAUAUACAUAUAUACAUAUACGCCCCUAAAAAAAUAUUCUCUCUCUCUCUCUCUCACACACACAACGCAGUCUUACCAACAGCCGAUGCUCCACUAUUGUAACGUAUGUCAACGUGUGCGUUCGUCAGUGUGUUGUUUGAUCGUCUCUCAGCUAUCGCGGGUGUCAUUAUCAGUCGUAUCUCUCAGCGGAGUCGAGAGUUUUAUAGGCGAUAAGUCCAGCACACCAGGCGAUUACUGCCCACAGGAGAGGAUGUCAAGAAGCCUCUGCUACUCCGCUCGUUCCUUCGGCAACGAUAACACGAGGAGUACUGGCCAGUCGACUGACAAGAGCAGUCGACGAUAAGAACGUCAUCGCCCGAAUCCAAUAAAUGUGCAAUAGAGCCAUGGAAAAUGUCACUGAUAACACGACCAGCAAUUAUUCGCUCCCGACUUCCACCCUGUCGACCAUUCUGUCGAUAAAUAAUUUAACGACGAGCUUGACGAGCGAGUUGACAACGGCAACGAGCCACUUUUACAAUGACACCACGACCGUCAGCAGUACUACUGCCAGCACUACCACCGAAGCUUAUACCACUUUGACUCAUGUGCAGAAUGCGACUCGACAGUCAUGGAAUAUUACAAAGGUCGGGGAUACUUUGCCAAAGACAGCUACUACAGUUGGUGGUAGCUUGUGCACAACAACCCUUGCCACAACCACUACAGAGGAAAACUAUGACGAAUUCGCACCUCCCGAGGGCGUUGAAUAUAUUUUUGUGCCACUUGGUGUCAUGCUGUUUGUUAUAGUCCUUUCAGCUGUGGUAAUAAUUAUAUCAAGAAGGCGCAAAAUGGAAAGACUUCGUCACAGGCUUAUGCCACUUUACAAUUUUGAUCCUGGUGAAGAGGGUGAAGAUGACUGGGAAACAGAAUUGCUAGAUGAGGGCUUCAGCAGCCGGCAGAGACGACAAGGAUACCAGUCUAUGGAUAGUGAAGAAAAUGCUGACCUUUUUAGUACACCACAAUCGCAAAAUCUUGGAUAACCCCUUUGAUGUUAAGCUCUUUUUAUGAUAUUUUGUAAACUGAUUGCAUAUGCUAUGGAUGAAAAGAUUUGUAAAAAAAAAUUAUCUUAGGAAAUAUACGAAUACAGCAGACAGCAGACUGGACAAUCGCUAUGUGAGCAAAAUUAGUAAAUAUUACAAUACCUCUUUGACUUUGUGAGACAUGCUUGGAGCUUACUAUAUUAUGCUUUAUGCAUAAAAAAGGUAAUCUAAUUCCAAUAGAUUGCCCAAGUGAUUGUAUAUUUUUGAAAUAUUUACCUCAUUAAAUAUUCAAUCACAUACAAAGAUUUAUUUCAUUGUACAUAAAAGGUGCAUAAGUAGCAGCAUCUUUCUAUUGUUCAAAUUUGUAACAAAAAUUGAACAAGUCAUCUUGUCAUCCUGUUGACAAUUAGUUUCUAACUAAAAAAAGUGUGUAGAAUAACAUUGUACUUAUAGACGUUCACCAAAAAUGAAGAUUGCGACGUCUUGUGAAAACUGUUUCUUUUCUUAAAAUGUAUUAUCCAGCAUGAGCUUUGACAGCAUAGCUAUUUAAUCCAAAUCAUUGUGCUGUGUGUGUGAUUGCAGUCAUUGCCUCAAAAGUGGCAUUGAGUUUAUAAUUCACACAAUAACUCACUGUUCAAAGAAAUUUAUAACAAUUUCAAUUGGUGAUCGUCCUUAAAAUGCAGCUAUGAUAUAAUAUAAGCAUCUAGUCAAAUUUUUAAGAAUUAAUUUAUAUGAAGCAAGUUCAAGAUGCUUUAAAUUCUUCAAUAUUGUUAUAUCUAGUAGAGGCAAACAAUCUUUCAUUUAAUUGAGUCGAACUAACAAGUUGAGUGAUGCAUAUAAUGAGCAACUUGGUAGUAUUGAAUGAUUAAACUACAUUCUUUCUAAAUGUAUACAAAUUUCCAUAUUUAUCAUUAUAAUAGUAUACAAAAAUUGUUGGUACAUUUUUUAAAAGUAUUCUUUAUAGACAAUAUAAGUAUUAUUAUUACUCCAACAAAGAGAUUAUAUUACUCAUGUUUUUGUUCAAAGUUUCAUAGUCUGUUAUGGAUAUGCCUUUGUAAUUAUUUACUGGAUAUCUGUUGAAUCAAUGCAGGUAUUUAGAACUUGACUGAAAAAUCUAGUGGCCAGUUUAGUAAAUUGUACCCAAAGAGGGUUUUGAAGCAACGAUUUCGUAUACUAGUCGUCAAUAUCUACUAUCGUUCAAAUGAUUUCACAACAUGUAAAUUUUUAUCAUCAAUAAAAAGUGGACAUAAUGUAUUUACGAAAUAUUCAAUAAAUACAACGUUUAGCUUCAUUCAAUGAUAAGCAAUCCAAAUAUUGCAUACUAACUUUUCUUACAUUGUUUACAAAUCAUUGUAUAGUAAAAUGCCAUUUAUUAUGGUAGUAAUAAUAGCAUUCAUCGUAAAAAUCGACAAAAUAUCUAAUUAUGUACUAACGUAGGUAAAUAUAUCCAAAUCAUAAGAUGUGCAAAGUUGAGUAAAUUUGCAUAUUACAGCAUUUGAUACUAUGGUUUUUUAUACAUACAAAAUUCAAUAAGUACAAAAGUUAUUUAUAACUUUUUGUGAUACAUUUUUACUGAUUUGCACGUUUGUUGUUUUGUUAUUCUAUAUAUACCUAUCGCUAUAAGCAUCUUUGCACAAUCUGUAAUAUUCAGUCUUACAAAUAUUUUCGUAACAGUUUUAUAAAACGAAACUGGUAUAUAUUGGCCAAGAGACUUACCUUGUUUGAGAUUUCGAUGUGAUUGCCUUGAAUUUACUAUAGACGAGAAAAAUCAUGCGUUUUUCAUGUAACUGUGCACUAUUAGAUUUUCCACGUAAGAUCAAUCGCAAUACUUAAUUCAAUUUAAAAAAUGAUAAACUGUAAUCGCAGAAAAUAAGUGUAUCUAACGAAAAUUUAAUCUAGCCGUAGAAAAAAAUACAGCCGAAAAAUUCAACGAAUAAUUAAAUCGUGAUAAUAAGCGUAGUAGUCACCGUUUACCGGAAGUAAUGAAAAUUCAAGCAUAAUGAACAAUGUUUUGAAUGUAAAAAACUGUGAAAUUUUGUUUUGAUCGACAUGAUUUUUUGAGUAGUCAAUAAAAUAGAAAAACCUCA